AUAUUAGAAACCUAUUAACAGAAAUAAAAGAACUCAGAAAGAGCAUAAUUAAUAUAAACACAAAAGUAGAAAAAACUUAUGCAAAAGCCAAAUUUAAUGAUAAAUGGCCUGAUAAGUGUUUUGAUAAAGACAGAGAUCAAUAUGAGUAUAAUAUAUUAAGGGUUAUUAGUAAAGAUCUUGACUUAGGCAUGAAUUAUACCUCAAUUGAUGAAGCAGUAUCAUAUAUUGAAAUAGUAAAGAAAAAAAUAAAGGAUCAAAUGAUAAUGCUAAAAGUUGCAAAGAAAGAAGAAAUUACUAUAACUCAAUCAGAAAUUAUAACCCAAACUAUCUCUAUAAACCAAGUAGAUAUUACAACUCAAAGUAUGCCAAUAACCCAAAACUAUACAACCAAGAGUAAAAAACAAGAGCAAAUGAUGGAAAACUCACAUGUUAUAACUGUAAAGAGAUUGGGCACCUCUUAG